UCUUUCCUUUCAAGUAUCGAGCUGCUAGUGGGGAGAGUGCUAUUGCAGGGUAAACUGUUGUCUGACCAGCUUUAGUUCACACACACACAGAGUUCUCCCCAACCACCACCACCAUGCCACAGAACGAGCACAUUGAGUUGUUCCAGAAGCGCUAUGGCUUUCGCAUGGAUUAUCAAGAAAGGCAGCGAAAGAAGAAGGCCAGGGAGCACAAACUGCAAUCGAAGAUGGCCCAGAAGCUGAUUGGUAUCAAGGGCAAGAUCUUUGCCAAGAAGCGCUACUCUGAAAAGGUGCAACUCAAGAGGACCAUCAAGGCACAUGAAGAAAAGAAGACUCGCAAGAAGGAAGAUGGAAAGGUGCCUGAAGGAGCCAUGCCUGCUUACCUCCUGGAUCGUGAGAACACAUCACAAGCCAAACUGCUGUCUUCUAUGGUGAAGCAGAAGCGCAAGGAGAAGGCUGGCAAAUGGGAUGUUCCUCUACCCAAAGUUCGUGCCCAGUCAGAAGCUGAAGUGUUCCGUGUCUUGAAGACGGGCAAGAGCCGCAGAAAGGGCUGGAAGAGGCUGGUGACCAAAGUUUGCUUCGUCGGAGAAGGUUUCACUCGUAAGCCGCCCAAGUACGAGCGUUUCGUCCGACCCAUGGCAUUGCGGUUCAAGAAGGCUCACGUCACACAUCCGGAAUUGAAAGCUACAUUUUGUCUCCCGAUUGUUGGCGUCAAGAAGAAUCCCUCCUCUCCAAUGUACACAUCUCUGGGUGUCAUAACAAAGGGAACCAUCAUUGAAGUCAAUGUUUCUGAACUCGGUCUCGUCACUCAGGGUGGCAAAGUUGUGUGGGGCAAAUAUGCCCAAGUGACCAAUAAUCCUGAAAACGACGGAUGUAUCAACGCCAUUUUGCUCGUUUGAACAUAAUACACACGAAUUUUCGUUUAGCUUCGCCGUUUUAGCCUACGUUAUCUUAGACUAGUCUUUAAGUUAAAUUUGUGUGAUUUAAAUGUUUUCAAAUAUAAAAUGUUUUAAUUUGUUUAUUUUUCUUUUGCAGCCGAGUUGUAUGUUGUAAAACUCCACGAUGCAGAUCUUCGUUAAAACCCUCACGGGUAAAACCAUUACCCUCGAAGUUGAGCCUUCUGACACUAUCGAAAAUGUCAAAGCCAAAAUCCAGGAUAAGGAAGGUAUUCCUCCUGAUCAGCAGAGGUUGAUCUUCGCUGGCAAGCAGCUGGAAGAUGGUCGCACUUUGUCCGACUACAACAUCCAGAAGGAAUCCACCUUGCACUUGGUGCUCCGCCUUCGUGGUGGUGCCAAGAAGCGCAAGAAGAAGAACUACACCACUCCCAAGAAGAACAAGCAUAAGCACAAGAAAGUCAAGCUCGCUGUUCUCAAGUACUACAAGGUCGAUGAAAAUGGAAAGAUCAACCGACUCCGCCGAGAGUGCCCUGGCGAGAAGUGUGGCGCUGGAGUUUUCAUGGCCGCCCACAAGGAUCGCCAAUAUUGCGGCAAAUGCGCCAAAACCUUUGUUUUCAACGCGCCCGAGUCCGAUGAAUAAGCGAUAGAUAUGUGGUUGUACGCCGUUGUGAAGUUGAAUACACUAUGGCUGUGCAAAAUGA